AUGACGCGAAAGGCACCAGCAGCAGCAUUACUUCAAGACUUUUAUAUGGACGACGUGUUAACAGGCAGCCACACAUUAAAACAAGCAAUCAAAUUAAGGAAUGAGCUAUCAGAACUACUUGGAGCGGCAAGAUUUCCUCUCAGGAAGUGGAGAGCGAGUGAUACAAGAAUAUUACAAGGUCUUUCUCAAGAGAUCGAAGAAGAUUCACUAUUGGUUUUAGAUGAUGCAGUGCCUUCGAAGACGCUAGGUUUGCUAUGGGACUCAUCCAAAGAUCAGUUACAAUAUUCAGUAAGUCUGACGGACAGCAAUCAGAAUACGAAACGCAGUAUUCUGUCGCAAAUUGCGAGGAUAUACGAUCCAUUAGGAUUAAUAGGGCCUGUGUUGAUCGUAGCCAAAAUAAUUAUGCAAAAUUUAUGGAAACUAGAUGUAGGUUGGGAUGAUCCGGUUCCGCCAGCUUUUUACGAAGCAUGGUCUAAUUACUAUGCUUCGCUUGAAACGCUUAACCAAUUCCGGAUAUCCAGAAACUUCAACCCACAAAACAGCAAGCAAUCAUUCACGCUCCAUGGGUUUGGAGACGCCUCGGAAAAGGCGUAUGGCGCUAGCAUCUACUGCGUCUAUGAAACGAAGCAAGGAGAACGCAAAUCAUACCUCAUGUGUUCCAAAGCAAAGGUAGCACCUCUAAAAACGAUCUCGCUACCUAAACUAGAACUAUGUGCAGCACUUAUAUUAGCUCGAUUGCUAGCAGCAGUAAUAAAGGCUAUGAAGCAUACAAUCAAAGAUGUCCAUCUGUGGAGUGACUCCACUAUAGUGCUGUGUUGGCUAGAUACACUUCCUCACAAAUUAAAGACAUAUUACGCAAAUCGAGUCACAGAAAUACAUGAACUUAUACCAGAAGCCAAGUGGCAUCAUGUGCCUUCAGCCCAGAACCCUGCCGACAUGUUGUCAAGAGGAACUACAGUCGAUCAGUUGAGAUCAAAUAGCUUGUGGUGGCAUGGCCCUACAUGGCUCGCACACGAAGAUCAAUGGCCUAAGCCAAUCGCAAAUGUACCAACUGCUAAAAUAGAACUACGGAAAGAAAAUGUAUUUGUAGCAGCAGAGUCUCGACAGGAUGUUCUUCAGAGAUAUUCUUCCUUCAGCAAACUCAAGAGAAUUAUAGCAUAUUGUCUACGAUUUAGGGAUAUUCUGUCAAAUCAACGCAAUUUUAAUGCUUUAAAUCCCGAGGAACUUAAAAGAGCAGAACUGAUUAUCAGCCGCAUGGUGCAAGCGGAACGGUUUCCGCGAGAAGCAUGUUCAUUACAGCAAGGAAAAGAAGUACCUGCUAAUAGUCAAUUAGCUGCACUCAACCCCUUUUUGGAUGAAGCAGGAGUCAUCAGAGUAAGGGGCAGAUUAAAACACGCAGACCUUCCAUACAAUCAGAGGCAUCCGAUUGUUCUACCAGCGAGACAUCACAUCACGGAGAUCUUAUUAAGACAAGAGCAUAUUAAAUUACACCACUGUGGGCCUCAGCAGCUGUUAGCAGACAUCAGGACGCGAUAUUGGCCUCUUUCGGGAAGACGAGAAGCUAGAAAGAUUGUGAGACGAUGUAUAUCGUGCUUUAGAUACCGACCAAGCAUUCCUAAAUUGAAGAUGGCAGAUUUACCAGCAUUUAGAGUUACCACCGAUAUCAGACCAUUUAGCGUUUGUGGAAUUGACUUCGCAGGUCCAUUUAGCCUUCGAGAAAGCAAGAGAAGAGGUAACCUUCCUAUCAGCAAAGCCUACGUAGCAGUUUUCGUUUGCUUUAAAACGAAAGCUGUACAUCUUGAAUUAGUUAGCAGCCUAUCAACUGAGGACUUCAUGUCCGCCUUUCGACGCUUUUGUGCAAGAAGGGGAACGUGCUCUCAUGUGUACUCGGACAAUGGCACUAACCUGGUAGGUGCUGCAAACGAGCUUAAGGAAAUCUAUGAGUUUCUCAAGACGCAGGAGUCUUGCAUCGCGACAAGAUUGGCAACGCAGAAUAUAAAGUGGCACUUCAUACCUCCCCGAUCGCCACAUUUCGGAGGACUUUGGGAGACUGCCGUUAAAAGCGUCAAACGCCAUUUAUGA